AAAACGUUGCCAACCUGACAUUUCCUUGUUUUCUCAGCAGUUUUAGUUUUUUCUUCCGGUCCAGUUUCCUCCAUAUCCACCAAACAAUGGGAAGCUAAUAUUUAGGGUUUAACACAGACAAGAGCCUCUCAAAGUCUCCAAUCUUUUCAUUUCCCUCUGCCAGCAAAAGCUCCAGCCUUUUACUUCCACAAUUCAUCACUUUUUCUCUUGCUUUCUCCACUUACAAGUUGGAAUCUUUGGUGGUGUUAUAUUUCCAUGGUUAAUGGUGGUUCUGAAAGUGGGUCAACGAGUAGCGUGUCAAGGGAGGAUAACAUGGUGGUCUCCUCUGAAGAUUCUUCAAGCCCAGAUGAAUCCGAAUUGGAAUUGGGUCUUGGCUUGAGCCUCGGCGGCGGUGGUGGUUCCAAGAUGCAUCGGGCUUCAAAGUGUGGUCAAUAUGCUAGGAUAUUGACCGCUCAAGAUUUCCCUUCUUCGUCUCCUCCUCCUCCCUCCUCCUCCUCCUCCUCUUCGUUUUCUUUAAGUGGAGCUAAUGUCACGACAGGGACCAAGAGGACUGCUGAUUCAGUGGCUGCUGCUGCUAAUGGAUCUUGUCAAGUGGCUGGGUGGCCUCCCAUCAGAGCUUAUAGAAUGAAUAGCAUGGUUAACCAAGCAAAAGCAUCAGUCACAGAAGGAUUUAACUCGACGACUACGGAGAACUGUAGAAAGGAGACCUCAAUGGUUGAGAACAGCACCAUUGGCAGCUACCAUAGUAGUGGUAGUAACACUAAUGCCAGCAGGACAUCUCUUUUCGUGAAGGUCAAAAUGGAUGGAAUUCCGAUCGGAAGGAAGGUCGAUCUGAAUGCCCCUGAAUCAUACGAAAAGUUAGCAAAAACAUUGGAAGAAAUGUUCCUUGAAACCACCCCAAGUGCCAAUCCAGCAGGGUCGAGGGCACGGCAGCAUGAUGUGACAAACAAAACGACAAGACAUUCAAAACUGCUAGAUGGAUCAUAUGAUUUUGUUCUUACUUACGAGGACAGGGAGGGUGACUGGAUGCUUGUUGGAGAUGUUCCUUGGGAGAUGUUCGGUAGCUUGGUGAAGAGGCUUAGAAUCGUGAGGAAAUCCGAGGCUACCGGAUUAGCGCCAAGAACUGAAGAAAGGAACCAGAGGCAAAGAAGAAAGCCCGUGUAGAACACGUUUCUCUCAAAUCCAUCCCUUGGAACAUACAAAG